AACCGAAUCAAAGAAACCACUGGCUGGCUUCACGUUUCGAGCUGAAACCAUGGUGUCAUUCCGCUUCCCCUUCUCGUUUUCUCAGCCCCCAAAUCCCACUCCAGCCACCCCUUCAUCCGCCACCUCACGUCCCUUCACCGCCGCCGUAACCCUCGCCGCCGGCGCUGCCGCAUUCGCCGGAGUCGCGGCCGUCACGCACACUAACCCCACGAACCCAUUUCUCCAGAACGCACUGAAUUUCUUCCUCGCCGAUCGCUCGCUGCCGCUUUGGGGCUCGCUGUCCCUGAACGACACUCCGGCCUCCGUCGUCGAUUCCAAGACGGGGGUGUCGUUUCCGUCGGUGCUGGACGGGACUCGGCGACUUCUGGGAAUUGGGUUGAGGAGAAAACGCGUGCUGGGGUUGAAGAACAUCGAUGUGUAUGCAUAUGGUAUUUAUGCUGAUGAUAUAGACGUAAAGAAAUUACUCAGCAAAAAAUAUGGGAAAUUGUCCCUUUCUGAACUCAAGCAAAACAAGGAGUAUAAUGAUGUACUGCUGGAAACUGAUAUAGGUGUGACUGUUAGACUUCAAAUAGUUUAUGGCAAAUUGAGCAUCGGUUCUGUACGUAGUGCUUUUGAGGAGUCGGUAGGAACCAGACUUCAGAAGUUUGGGGGGUCAGAUAAUCAAGAAUUGCUACAAAGAUUCACUUCUCAAUUCAAAGAUGAAAUUAAAAUACCACGAGGAUCUAUAAUAGAUCUGUCAAGGGAACCGGGCUAUGUACUUCGAACAACCAUUGACGGAAAUGAUGUAGGAAGCAUCCAAAGCAAACUCCUGUGUAAAUCGAUUCUGGAUUUGUAUAUAGGUGAGGAACCAUUUGAUAAACAAGCCAAAGAAGAUGUCAAGCUCAAUUUGGCCUCUGUCCUUCAGGAGUAGAUGGGAGCCAUUUAGAAGAGUCUGCACAUUUUUAUACUUUUUCUCCCGUUUCAUGUUUAAUCAUACUUAAUAAGCCUUGGAAUAUCAAAGUUCAAUCUUAAUAAACUAAAUAUCUCUAUUUCGUCAGCUCCAAUUACGUA